CCCACACUCCGCACUGAGCCAGGACUUUAAACGAGUUUAAAAUGGCUGAAGCCCUGUUUGAGGACUUUUUGACUUGUCCCAUCUGCCUGGAGCCUCUGAAGGAGCCGGUGAGUCUGAGCUGCCAUCACAGCUUCUGCCAGAACUGUCUCUACAAAACCUGGAACACGAACCCAAACAAAGCCUGCCCCAUGUGUCGCCGUAGGUCGUCCCGAGAGACAGUAGAGGUGAACUUUGCCCUCCGUGAGCUGUCCCUGUCGUUCAGUGAGCAGAUGAAGGUCAAAGAGUCAAAUGUCAAAGAAGCAAAAGCCAAAGAAGAAAAGGUCAAAGAGCCAAAGGUCAAACAGGCCCAGGUCUGCUCCUCUCACCCCAGUGUCCCUCCUCUGUUCUGUUUGGAGGAGGCCCGAGCGCUCUGUCCCGUGUGUGAGUUCUCUCUGCACUCACAUCACACGGUUGUGAGUGAGGAUGAAGCAAAGAAGAGGGUAAAAGAGCAGGUACAGACCCAGAUACAGGCUCUGAAGGACCAGAAACAGAGCUAUGAAGAACUGGAGAAGACCUAUCAGCAGCUGCAGCGCCACCAUGAGGAGCAGACAGUGGAGUGCAUGAGGCAGAUCACACAUGUAUUCUCUCAGUUUCAGCAGAUCCUGAAGGAGGAGGAGGACAGGGCUUUAGGAGCUCUGAGCGCUGAAAAGAACAGACAGACUUUGAGCCUGGGUUUGGAACUGCAGAAGGUGAGGAAGGAGAUCACAACACUGACCAACAACAUCCAAGAUCUGCAGAACAGCAUCGUCACUCAAUCUCUCCUCUCAGCUCCCACACAAAGCUGCACCCCUCUCACUCCACAGCCCCACCCACAGCCAAAAGAGGGGCUUUGCCUGAACCAGGCCAGAAUCCUGGGGAACCUAGGCUACAGAGUAUGGACGAAGAUGAAGAGUGUGGUGUCCUACAGCCCUGUGAUCCUGGAUCCCAACACUGCAGAGAGCAGCAUGCACCUGUCCCAGGACCUAUGUGGGAUGAGACACGGGCCCCCGAUGAUGCAGCCUGUGGUCCCAGAGAGAUUCACCAAUGAGCCCAUGGUCCUGGGCUCUGAGGGAUUCAGCUACGGACAGCACCAGUGGGACGUAGAGGUGGGAGACCUGCCCACGUGGGACAUCGGAGUGGUAAAAAAGUCUAUUGAUCGAAGAGGACAGAUUUAUGCUGGUGCCAAUUAUGGAGUCUGGUGUUUGUGGCAUGGAGAUGGGGCAUAUACCAGUGGUAAUGAUGUCCUACUCCCAGUGGAUCCUGCUCCAAAGAAAAUCCGAGUGACACUGGACUAUGAGAAGGGAGAGCUGUGCUUCUACGACGCUGAGUUGAUGAUCUUCCUGGUGAAGCACAAUGCAGUGUUCACAGAGACUCUGUUCCCUUAUGUGUCAGUGGGGCCUGCACUUGGAGCCAAGACCCAGGAGAUCCGAGUUUCUGGAAGUGUCCCAGGCCAGUCCACAGACAUGCUAAUGCCAAACCUAUUUAGACCCAUGAAGAGUAGAACAACACCCCAAAAAUAUAAAAAAUAG